GAGCGGCCGCUUGAGCCGAAGCCACUCGUGUGUGCAGCCCGGCGCGUUGGCGGCGCGACUUCGAAAGUGGUGCGCCCAGGUGCUUCCAGUGUCGUGCCUUUGCCCCCGUCUGCGUGGGAUAGUGCUCUCGUGCUCGUGCGCCCGUGCCUGUCCGUGGGUGACGCAGCGAACCACUCGGCGUCGGGACAGCGUUGUCGAAGCAUCCAGGGGCCAUGCGGCCGUCCCACCGUCCCAAGAGUCCGUGCCGGGACGUGUAAGAAACCGUCGCCGAGGGCGCAGUGCUGUGUUUGUGCCGCCGUGGAUUUGCCGGAGCCGAGAUGCGGUGCUCGUUGGCGGCCGCCCUCUUCGUCUACUGCCUCUCCGUGGCUGCCGCCGAGCGCUUGUCAGGUUCCGGGCGUACUCGGACGACGCGGACGGUGUACCCGGAGCGGCUUCCGUACGGCAGCAAGCCCCGCUGGCCCCGGUCUUUACCCGGCGAGGACAGCGGCGGCCUCAACGCGUCGUCCGGGCCCCGUAGCGAGCUGUACCGGCUGGACCGGGGGCUCACGCUGGCCCUGGUCCCUGACUCGAGGCACCUGUCCCCGACCCUGGUCACGCUCAGGUUCGGCGAGGACUCGCUCCCGGACGGACGGACCCUGGUGCCGGACACCGAGGACCUGGGACACUGCUACUACACCGGACACGUCUUGGGACAGCGGGACUCCAGGGCCGUCGUGUCGCUCUGCGACGGAAUGACGGGCUACAUCCAGACGGCGACGCAGGGGCUGCUCACCAUCGAACCCGUGCGCAGGGGGGACGGUGUCCGGGACAAGGACGGCUCGCGGUCCCCGCACCUGCUCACGCUCCACCAGGUCGGCCCCGACGUCGACGCCGCCCCUUCGUUUCCGGCGUCGUCGAGGAACGCGACGACGGGGGCCACUUGGCGAGGUGCCAUCGAGUCCAACGAGAUCCCGUGGCAGGGCCUGCGACGCCCGCCGAGGUCCCGGCACCGGCGGAAGCGCAGCUACUCCCUGGAGCAGCACGUCGAGGUGCUGGUGGCCGCCGACAGCAAGAUGGCGCGCUACCACGGCAAGAACCUCAAGCACUACAUCCUCACGCUCAUGGCCGCGGUAGCACACAUUUACAAGGACCCCAGCAUCGGCAACCUGCUGGACAUUGCCGUCGUCAAACUCAUCUUCAUGGAGGAGGAGGAGGACAAUGAGAUAAUAUCUCCGAGCGCCUCAAGCACACUGAAGAACUUCUGCCGCUGGCAGCAGAAGCACAAUCACCUUGACGACAGCCAUCCCUAUCACCACGACACUGCCAUUUUGCUCACCAGAGAAGACUUAUGCAGACUACCCAAGACGUGUGACACCCUAGGCCUUGCACAGUCUGGCAUGAUCUGCGACCCUCAUAGCAGCUGCUCCAUCGUCGAAGACAACGGACUGAGCGCUGCUUUCACCAUCGCUCACGAACUGGGCCACGUGCUGAACAUCCCGCACGAUGACGACCAGAAGUGCUCCAAGUACCGGGCUGCAAGCCAGCCCUUGCACGUGAUGGCACGCAUGCUGGACUACAACAGCCGCCCGUGGUCGUGGUCCGAAUGCAGUCGCCACUACAUCACCACCUUCCUCGAUGCGGGCUACGGGCAGUGCCUGCGCGACUCUCCCGCCGAGAACCUGCUGUUGCCCGAGGACGUGGCGCCGAGCUCGCGGGCCUCCACGCAGCCCGGGGAGCUGUUCGACAUGGACCGCCAGUGCGAGCUGGUCUUCGGCCGGGGCGCCAAGAUCUGCCCCUACAUGCCGGUCUGCAAGCGGCUCUGGUGCACCGUGCACAGCAACCUGCAGGGCGGCUGCCGCACGCAGCACAUGCCGUGGGCAGACGGAACCACCUGCGGGAAGCGACACUGGUGUCAGAAGGGCGAGUGCGUGGCUGUGAUGGACCAGGGCAGCCGGCGCAAGGUGGACGGAGACUGGGGUCCCUGGCAAGGGUACGGCCGGUGCUCGCGCACCUGCGGUGGAGGCAUCCAGAGCGCCCGCCGGGAGUGCGACAGCCCCAGGCCGGCGUUUGGGGGCAAAUACUGCGUGGGUGAACGAGUGAGGUACCGUUCCUGCAACACUGAGCCGUGCCCAGCUGGUUCCAUGGACUUCAGGGAAGAGCAGUGUUCCGCCUUUAAUGGCAAGACAUUCAACUUUCCCGAUGUUCCCACGAACGCCAAGUGGACCGCGCAUUACUCUGGCAUCUCCCAUGUGGACACGUGCAAGCUCUACUGCCGCGUGGUUGGCAUGAGCGCCUACUACCUGCUCAAGGAGAAGGUGAUCGAUGGCACAGCCUGCAAUCCGGAGUCGUUUGACGUCUGCAUUAACGGCGUCUGCAAGUCGGCUGGAUGUGACCACCAGCUCAACUCGACAGCAACUACCGACAUGUGUGGAGUCUGUCGGGGGGAUAACGCCACCUGCAGGACAAUCACCGGAGACUUUAGUCGAGCCAAGUACCGAGCUGAAUUUGGUUACAACUUUGUCGCCAAAAUUCCGGCUGGCGCCAGCUUUGUCGAUGUUCGUCAGUUUGGGUUCGAAAAAGAUGACAACUAUCUUGCGCUGAAGAGUGCAGAGGACGAGUAUUUGCUGAACGGCAACUUCACCGUCAGCAUGUUCCGCAAGACCCUGCGCUACGGAGGCACCAUCAUUGAAUACAGCGGCUCCAAUGCCUCCAUCGAACGCAUCAAUGCCACAAAGCCUUUGGGCAAGGAGCUCCACUUGAUGGUCCUGACUGUGGGCAAGGUAGAGUCUCCGGACAUCCGCUACGAGUACACGGUGUCGAUUCGGGACGACCAGCAAUACGUCUGGGAGCUGAGCCCCCAGUGGACCGAGUGCAGCAGACCCUGCCAAGGGCAUCGAUACCGGCAAGCCCACUGCAAGCGGCGGUUGGACGGCAUGCGUGUGGAGGAAGCCAGGUGCCACCCCGGCUCCCGGCCUCAGCCCUUGGCUGAAGUCUGCAACCUUCACUGCACCCUCAGGUGGAAGGUUGGCGAGAAGUCGGAGUGCUCAGCACGCUGCGGCACGGGGGUGCGUACACAGAAGGUGCAGUGUGUGCAGCAGACGGACGGGCAGCCCCAGGAGCGGGUAGUGGCAGAUGCCCUCUGUGAGCCCGAGAAGGCCAAGCCCCCCGAGACAGAGAAGUGCGGUCGGCCGUGCCACAGCUUCCGAUGGGUCUACGACGACUGGGCUCCCUGCAGCAAGACUUGCGGGGGCGGGGAGCAAGUGCGCACGGCCACCUGUGUGGGAGAGAACCAGGAGGCCCAUCCGGACUCCCAGUGCGACGCAUCCACACGGUCCGUCAAGCGCCCCUGCAACCAGGCGGACUGUCCGCGCUGGGAGGUGGGACAGUGGACCGAGUGCCCCGUCUCGUGUGGCGGCGGCGUCACGCAGAGGAACGUGACGUGCCGUUCCUCGAGCGGUGCCGUGGUGGACAGCAUGCACUGCAGGGGCUCUCCGCAACCCCCGACCACCGUCGACUGCAACCUUGCCCCGUGCCCCCCGCCCCAGCGGCAGCCCUCCCCCGUGCCGCCGCCGGAGCGGACAAACGGCGUCACCUCUGCCUCGCUGCCGUUCCCCGAGCAGGCCACGCAGGGUGCCAGUUCCACCUACGCCGUCUGGAGGUCGGCCCCAUGGUCUCAGUGCUCGGUGUCGUGUGGCAGCGGCCUCAUCAAGCGCCAGGUGAGCUGCGUCCACGAGGUCACGGGGGCCCUCCUGCCCAACGAAGACUGCAACGGCCGGGGACCCAAGCCGGUCACUGCGGAGGCCUGCGACGGCGGACCUUGCGGCCACUGGCAGCACGGGGACUGGGGAGCCUGCUCCGUGAGCUGCGGCCAGGGCAUUGCGACGCGCCGGGUGCGCUGCCUGGCGUCGAGCCCAUCCCAAGAACACCUGCCGGAUGACCGCUGCGAGGAAAGCUCCAGGCCGCGGUCAGAGCAGGCGUGCCAGGUGCCGUGCGGCGCCGGCGGCAUCAUGUCGGAUGGCGCCAGUGCAAUGCACCAUCCGUCUGGCAACUUCGUAGAGGGACCGUACAAGUGGCGCAUCGGGCUCUGGGGCACGUGCUCCAAGAGCUGCGGUGGAGGGGUCCAGCGGCGGCAGGUGGUGUGCGUGGACAACCUGGACAGCAAGAGCCACGCCUGCAACCCCCAGCUCAGGCCCCCCGAAACGCAGCACUGCAACACGGACGAGUGCCCAGUCUGGGCCAUGGGCGAGUGGACGCAGUGCGACCAGGAGUGUGGUGGGGGCCAUCAGACGCGCCAAGUGGCCUGCCAGGGCAGGAUGGGGCUCCCCCUGAUGGACGCCCACUGCCCGCAGCCCAGGCCCGAGUCAAGGCGCUCCUGCAACUCCCACUCGUGCGCGAGCCCGCUCCUCAGCCACAGGUGGCACUCCGGAUCCUGGUCUCCGUUCGGCACCACAAACGCACCGGUCAAGAGCACUGUAGGCGCCAUAGUUACCGUGAAGUCCCCGAUGUAA